GGAUUUACUCCUAUUGCUGCGGCCCGUAUUUAAAUUCUCCGAGAACCACCGAAGCCCGCCAUCUCUAACGACUCUUACCUUCUAAGCUUUCGAGGUGAUAAGAGAAUAAACCAGUGUUCAAAGAUCACCUCAGUUCCAUCGCCAGUAUACACUCCUCCAUUUACCACUUGCUUCUUAAGACCCUAACCCUAGACUCUCAAUUCCUUAAAUCCAUCUUUCGAGUAAGGUCACUGCUGUUGUUUAGCAAAUGUCAACUUAUAUAUUUGCAGUGGUUUUGAAUAAUCCGUUAAGAGACUCGGAAUUCCUCCUCGUCAAGCAAGCUCGGCCGCCGAAAUUCAGCGAAGAAGAGUACAAUUGUUAUGUGGAUUCGGAUCUAUGGGACUUGCCUUCAACGCGAUUGAACCGAGUAGAAGGAGAACGCGGGUCGGGAUUUUUCAUUGAAUGGAAAGAAUCGUGUUCAGAGAAUGUUGAUUUGACCGGGUUUGACGUGGAAGCCGCUAUUGGUCGGGUUUUGGCGCUACUCGGGUUUUCUUGGAGUGAUACGGGAGAAUGGAGAAUCGUGAAGCAUCUGGAAGAGCCUGAAUUUGGACCAGGGCUGCCGGCGCAUUUUAUCUUUGUUAUGGGAAAAUUGGUUGCCGGUUAUCAAGACUUAAGAGAGCAAUGCAUGUGGGUGUCUACACAGACAUGUCUGAACUGGCUUCGAGAGGCGAAACCAAGUAGUGAUCGUGUGGGACAUUUGGCAGUUGUUGGGCUUGUGAAUGACCCAGUGAGAUCUAUAGAGCGGAAAAUUCCAACUUCUUUGCGUUGUCAGGAGUACCCUCCUGGUGUUAUGCUAGUACCUAUGAGAAGCAGGACGCAGAAACCGUUCAAGACAACAAACCUUGUUAUAUUUUCACCUGAAAAUGUUUCACAGGAUCAAGAGGAUUGUGAUUUCAUUGCUCAUGGAGAUGCAUUGUUAGUGGAUCCUGGAUGCCAACAUGGACUUCAUAAUGAACUCAGGAAAAUUGUUGCUGCUUUACCAAGGAAGUUACUGGUCCUUGUUACCCAUCAUCAUCAUGAUCAUAUAGAUGGUCUUUCUGCUGUCCAGAAAUGCAAUCCUGAUGCUACACUCUUGGCACAUGAAAAUACCAUGCAUCGCAUUGGAAGAGACAGCUGCUCUCUAGCCUAUAUCUCAGUUUCUGGUGGAGAAGACAUCUGUGUCGGUGGUCAGAGAUUGACUGUUAUUUUUGCACCGGUAUUUCUUUUUUAAGGUCUUUUCUGUUUCAAAACUAUGGCUACAAAUNNNUUGAUUGUUGGUGAUCAUUGCUUGGGUCAAGGAAGUGCACUUUUGGACAUUACUGCUGGUGGAAACAUGGCUGAAUACUUUCAAUCAACUUACAAAUUUAUGGACCUUUCACCUCAUGUUAUAAUUCCUAUGCAUGGGAGAGUCAAUCUUUGGCCAAAGCACAUGCUUUGUAGCUAUCUCGAGAAUCGCAGGAAUCGAGAAUCAUCCAUCUUGAAGGCCAUAGAAAGUGGAGCACAGACAUUGUUUGACAUAGUUUCCAGUGUAUAUUCUGAGGUUGACAGCAGUUUCUGGAUUCUAGCUGCUUCAAAUGUGAGGUUACAUGUGGAUCAUCUAGCCCAGCAAGAUAAGUUGCCUAAGGAAUUUCUGAUUCACAAGUUCCAAACAACUUGCGAGGCGCGUUUCCUGGUCAGAUGGUCAUUGGCUUAUGCUGGUAGCAGGUUCCAACUUCAGUACCACAAACUUGGUAUGUCUAAAUUCCUUGUUGCUGGAGCAGUUGCUGGUUUUUCAGUAUACUUGGUUAAAAAUAAGCUUAUUCCCAAAUAAUAAAGGAGAGAAUAUGUUUCCCUUAAAAACAAUUGCCUGCAAGAUUGGUGCCGGGAGAUUAUAUCAGAUUUAUUUAUUCGAUUAAAAGAACCUAUUUUGAUAUAACAA